AUGAAGGAACUUGUGAGCGUCUUGGCUGUGUUUUCAGUGGUCGGCAUUGUGACUACGAAGAGGUCACCAUGUGUGAAACGUGCAGCAUUUUCUUCUACAAAUUUUGAGAACAUCCUGACAUGGGAAACUGAAGCAGAUACUGCCCCUGGCACUGUAUUUGAUGUCCAAUACAAACAGUAUGGAGGAGGACCCUGGCUUAACAAGAGUGAAUGCCAGGGGAUCUCACGGCCUUUCUGCAACCUCACUCGUGAAACAGAAAACUUCACAGAGCAUUACUACGCUAGGGUGAGGGCCCUUGGCCAGAACUCCUGCUCCUCUGACUGGAAGUGCUCAGACAGGUUUGAACCCAGGCAAGAGACUACUAUUGGAGCACCAGAAGUGGAGUAUAUUCCUUAUGUACGGUCCAUAAAGUUUCUUAUACGGCCUCCCUAUACUCCACUGAGAGGUGAGGAUGACUACCAACUAACCGUAGAAGACAUUUAUAGCAAAUUUGGUGCUGUUGAUUAUCACUUAACACUAUUCAACCAAAGGACACACCAAAAGUGGAUAAAGAAUGAACACGACAAAGAAUUUGAAGUUUCCAACUUGGACCCAGAUACUGAAUAUAACGGGACAGUAUAUAUGUAUCUCCUCCAUAGAAAGAGCAAAUCUCAAGUAUUUUGGGUUAAAACACUAGCAGACAACACAUGGCUUCUCUACUGCUUGGUGGCACUGGCGUUCUGUGCUGGACUGGUGUGUGCUGCCAUCAGCUACGUGAUCUAUAAAUACAUCAAGCAACACAGUGCCCAGCCUAUGUCUUUGGACUUCCAAGGGAUUUCAUCGUUCCAGCCUCUUACACUAACAGUGGAACACAUUAUAAAGCCCAUUAAUUUAACCAUACCUUCAUUUUUCAUCCCUGAAGUGCAAUUACCACAGCUCAGCCAACAUUUGGGCAGAGAACUGGAGCCACCAUGGUCUUCCCAUCCCCCAGAAGCUGCCUAUCAGGAACAGAUGGACGUACCAACAUUCCAGCUGCCCUCUCAGCCAUCCUGCUUGGCAAGCACAGCUCCCACUGGUUACGCUCCUCAAACAGCUGAGCAAAGUGUUCCUUCUGCCACGUCCAGCACGUUGCUGCCCCUAACCUAUGGGGUGUGUGGUAAAGGCAUGGACCAUGUUGAUGAGAAGAAUUUGAAGCCAAACCAAAUGCUAAAGGAAGUUUCUCAAGAUAAUUUUGUUGGUGGAAAGCUCAUAACCCAGAUGCAGGGCAAGAGCUGCAGCCAUUGGAAUUACAAAGAACAGAGGCCAAACUUGGCAUUGUGGAACAGCAGGGACACAAGAAAGUCAGUUGUCUUACAGGGGAGCCCUGGGCAAAACCAGCAACUGCUGCUGUGGAGCGAUGGGAUGGGAAGUCAAGGGUAUGUAUCCCAGCAGCCACUGUCUUUGCUGGAACAAGAAGAAUGCUAUAGGAAACAGACACCAGAACUGCCACUGACAUUGUCUUCCAUGGAAGCUGACACAGACUGUGUUGCAGAGGAUAAAUCUCCAUCAGCAGCCCUUCUCUCAGGCAGGACUGGCAACAACUUCCCUGGAGACAGCAACACAGAGCGGUGGAUGUUCCCAGAUCCACUCUCACAUUCUGCAAAUAAACUGCAGCUCCCAAAGACUCAAGAAACAGAAAUGUUAACAGCAAUGAAGGAGCUAAGCAGCACAAAACUGGAUAAUGUUGUGUUCCAAGACACUAUCUCAGACCAGGACAAUGGCACUCCUCUCUCUAUGCUGUUCAAAGACUGGGAAUUAAAAGUAGUGUAG